AUGAAAAGUUAUCCAUUUACUAGCCCAAAGCUACGUAGCCAAAGAAUCUUAACUCACCUCUGCAAAGGAUUUAUUCUUUCAGGCAAAUACAAAGAAGGUAUCGAGUCUCUAUCUUACUUACUCCCUCUUCUUGACAAAAAAUCACCUAAUUCUGAAAUCCUUGAACUUAUUGAGAUUCUAAUAGAAAACAGAUAUUUUGAGAACGAGAUCUCAGAUAUCUCAAGAAAACUUUCAGAUCCUGAAGAUUCUAUGAUAAUCAGAGUCUUAAGAAACCUUAAAACCGGAAACUAUGAAGAAGCUCAAAACAUUAUCAAGCCUGUAAAAGAUAAAUAGAGUUCUUAUGAAAAUUGAUUUAUUAAUUCAGCCAAAAGCCAAGCUAUUUGAGCAUGCCUUUGCAUGAUUUUAGAAGAAAAUGCAAUUGAAUUAGCCUUAAAAGCGUAUGAGCUUGAUCCGAUUCCGAUUUAUGCUCUGCUUUUGGCUGAAGCAUAUGCUAGGGCUGAGCAGCUCGAUAAAGCGAAAGAAAUUUUUGAAAGAGUGAUAAAUAGAAGUAAUGAUCCAAAAAUGAUUUUUUAUUAUUAUAAUCGAGUAUGCAGAGAUCCAAUUUUGCUACCGUAUCUACAUGAAAGAGAUCCUAGAAAUGAAAGCUUGACGCUUGAAUAUAUGGAAUUUUUAUUGGCUAAUCAUAAUAUAAAUGAAGCGAUUAGAGUUGGAGUAAGGCAUGUUGAAUACUUACUCCCAGCUCCCUCUGUAAGCGAAUAGAAAAAUUUGUUUACUCAUGGAGAGGUUGCAUUUUUUCUUUCAAAAAAUAUAUAUACAACAUUUUAUAGUCGGUAAACACCCCUUUUUUAAGGGCAUCCUUACAAAAAGGGGUGUUUUACCGACUAUAAAAUAUGUAUAAAUUAUAAAGGAAAAUUUUUUCUUCAAUAUUAAAACAAAUUAUAAUUCUUAAAAAUUAAUUUAAUUUGUAAAAUUUAUGUUCAAAAACACAAACUUAACGGAAUUAGACCCAAAUUUCAUUAUACUAAUUAUCACUUAUAUAUUAAAUUUCUUUUUCAUAAAAUAUUUUUUGCUCUCCCAUGGAGAGGGUUUUUAACUAAAAAAUAAAGUUUUCAAUAGUUUUGUCCACUCUCACAGAGGGUAGUUAGGAAAUUCAGUAAGAGUUAGGUCUUUGAUUCAAGAAAUCCAAGGCAGAAUGGUUAUUAAAAAUCAGGAAUACGAUGAAAAAGUACAAAUUUAG